ACCGAAGUUUGGUUCGACACAUGCAAAUGUAACAACAUUUAGAAGAUGUCAUAUAUAUGCCAAAGUUUGAAAAUCAAUUCAUCAAGUUCUACUAUUUGCUCAAGCCGCGCUGAAUUAUAUUUCCCAUGUACCCAUUUGGAGCUGUACAAUCUCUAGUUUUUCUUUUAAAGCCUUUUUGUUUUUGAAACCAGUUCUUUUUUUGGUUUAUAUAUAAAAAAAAAAAAAGAAUUCACUAUAGCUCACCAGUCUCAUAAAAAAAUGCAGUUAUUCCAGCAACCUUCUUCCAAAUCCUAUAAUUUUUCUCGUUUAGCAGGCUUAGCAAUUCUAUCAUCUUCUUUACUCGUACUCUAUUUUCUUCUUUCUUUAAUUCUUGUACACACUAAUUAUCUGCACACAUAUUCUUCAUCCCAAGACCUGGUUUCGCCGCCGACCUCACUGGGCCACAUCGUGUUCGGAAUCGCAUCUAACAAGAAGUCGUGGGCAAAGAGGAAGGACUACAUUAAGCUAUGGUGGAAGCCAGCACAAAUGAGAGGCUGCGUGUUUCUAGAAGAGGGACCACAACAGAAUUCAGAAAACGACACCGCUUCUCUUCCUCCCAUUUGCAUAUCCGGCGACACUUCCCGGUUCCGAUACACUUACCGGGGAGGUUACCGGUCGGCCAUUCGAGUGGCACGUGUGGUUUCGGAGACGGUGGCGCUGAAUCACCCGGACGUGAGAUGGUACGUGUUUGGUGACGAUGACACUGUUUUCUUCCCUGAGAAUUUAGUGAAGACUCUUUCCAAGUAUGAUCAUGGGCUUUGGUACUACAUAGGGACCAACUCUGAGGUUUAUGAGCAGAAUGCUUUUUUCGGAUUUGGAAUGGCUUUUGGUGGAGCUGGUUUCGCUAUAAGUUACCCUUUAGCCAAAGUCUUGGCCAAGGUUUUCGAUUCAUGUAUUGAGAGAUAUCCUCAUCUUUAUGGUAGUGAUGCCAGAAUCUACUCUUGCAUGACAGAGCUUGGCAUUAGGUUAACUCACGAGCCUGGUUUUCAUCAGAUGGAUAUACGAGGCGAUAUAUUUGGUCUACUGGCUUCGCAUCCAGUUACUCCAUUGGUAUCACUACACCACUUGGAUUUUACGAAUCCCAUCUUCCCAAACAUGUCUACUCCUCAAGCUCUAAACCACUUGUUGAAGGCUGCAAAUGCUGAUUCUCAGAGGAUUUUACAGCAAACGGUCUGCUACGACAGACGGUCUUCGUGGACAGUCGUAGUCUCAUGGGGUUAUGCCGUUCAAGUCUUCGGAGGACACGUGCCACUGCCGGAAAUCCUCCACGUGCAGGGGACUUUUCGGCCCUGGAAAAUCAGGGGAGCCACUCUUCUUUCGGGGCUUUACACUUUCACGACUAGAGUGCCUCACCCGGACACGUGUCGUAGACCCAUCGUUUUCUUUCUGCAUGACGUGUCAACUCUACCAACUGAAACCAAGACCACCUACCGAAAAUCAUUUGUCAAUUGCUCAAACGACGCCGCUUCACCAAGAAGACUGACUGAGGUCAGGGUGUUUUCGCACAAGUUGAACCUUGACAUCAAACAGAUGCAAGCUCCGAGAAGGCAUUGCUGUGACGUGUCACGUUCUUCAGGUGGUGAAGUAAUGGAUGUGGCCAUAAGAGAAUGCAAGGAAGAAGAGUUGAUACACAUGCAUUCUUGAACAGGGGAGUUCAGAAUAACAUUAAUUUAUUGAUUAUAAAUUGUACGGGAUUCGUAUACGAUUAAUUGUAAAAUGGAACAGUAAUAUUAAUAUUUAAUAGUGUUCUUGUAAA